AUCCUGCUGCCCCUCAUCAACCAGUACUUCCACAACCACUGCCUCUACUUCCUCUCCACCCCAGCCAAGGUGCUGGGCAGCGGCUUGCACGCCUCCAACAAGGAGAAGGAGAUGAUCACCAGCCUCUUCUGCAAGCUGGCUGCGCUCGUCCGCCACCGCGUCUCACUCUUCGCUUCCCCAGGGACCGAUGCACCGGCCGUGGUGAACUGCCUGCACAUCCUCGCCCGCUCCCUGGACGCCAGGACGGUGAUGAAGUCAGGCCCCGAGAUCGUCAAGGCGGGGCUGCGGUCCUUCUUCGAGAGCGCCUCCGAGGACAUCGAGAAGAUGGUGGAGAACCUCAAGCUGGGGAAGGUGACGCAGAGCCGCACCCAGGUGAAGGGGGUGGCCCAGAACAUCAACUACACCACGGUGGCCCUCCUGCCCGUCCUCACCUCCCUCUUCGAGCACGUGGCGCAGCAUCAGUUCGGGGACGACGUUAUCCUCGAUGACGUCCAGGUCUCCUGCUACCGCAUCCUGUGCAGCAUCUACUCGCUGGGCACCACCAGGAACCCCUAUGUGGAGAGGCAGCGCCCGGCGCUGGGGGAGUGCCUGGCCCGCCUGGCCGCCGCCAGCCCCGUGGCCUUCCUGGAGCCGCACCUCAACGAGUUCAACCCCUGCUCCGUCUACAGCACCAAGUCCCCCCGCGAGCGGGCCAUCCUGGGUCUCCCCAGCCGGGUGGAGGAGAUGUGCCCCGACAUCCCCGACCUGGAACGGCUGAUGCGGGACAUCGGGGGGCUGGCGGAGUCGGGGGCCCGCUACACCGAGAUGCCCCACGUCAUCGAGGUGACCCUGCCCAUGCUCUGCAACUACCUGCCCCGAUGGUGGGAGCGCGGCCCCGACACCCUUCCCCAGGGACCCUGGGCCACCGCCGUCACCGGCCAGCACCUCAACGCCCUCCUGGGCAACAUCCUCCGCAUCGUGGUCAACAACCUGGGCAUCGACGAGGCCUCCUGGAUGAAGCGCUUGGCAGUGUUCGCCCAGCCCAUCGUCAGCAAGGCGAAGCCGGAGCUGCUGCGCUCCCACUUUAUCCCCACCAUGGAGAAGCUGAAGAAGCGGGCGGGCAAGGUGGUGGCCGAGGAGGAGCAGCUCCGCAUGGAGGCCAAGACGGAGGGGGAGGACGCUGAGCUGCUCAUCCGCGACGAGUUCUCCGUCCUCUGCCGCGACCUCUACGCGCUCUACCCCCUGCUCAUCCGCUACGUGGACAACAGCCGGGCCAAGUGGCUGACGGAGCCCAACGAGGACGCAGAGGAGCUGUUCCGCAUGGUCGGGGAGGUCUUCAUCUACUGGUCCAAGUCCCAUAACUUCAAGCGUGAGGAGCAGAACUUCGUGGUACAGAACGAGAUCAACAACAUGUCCUUCCUCACCGCCGACAGCAAGAGCAAGAUGGCCAAGGGGGGUGGCUCGGAGCAGGAGCGGACGAAGAAGAAGCGCCGAGGGGACCGGUACUCCAUCCACACCUCCCUCAUCGUCGCCACCCUGAAGAAGAUGCUGCCCAUCGGCCUCAACAUGUGCUCGCCCACCGACCAAGAGCUCAUCAGCCUGGCCAAGGGCCGCUACGCCCUGAAGGACACGGACGAGGAGGUGCGGGAGUUCCUCAACAACAACCUGCACCUGCAGGGCAAGUGCGAGAACAACUCCUCCAUGCGGUGGCAGAUGGCCCUGUACCGCGAGAUGGCCGGCAAGGCCGAGGACUCCGACAGCCCCGAGAAGAUCGUCCGGAGGGUGCAGGAGGUGUCGGCCGUGCUCUACCACCUCGAGCAGACGGAGCACCCCUACAAGUCCAAGAAGGCGGUGUGGCACAAGCUGCUCUCCAAGCAGCGCCGCCGCGCCGUGGUCGCCUGCUUCCGCAUGACGCCCCUCUACAACCUGCCCAGGCACCGGGCCUGUAACAUGUUCCUGGAGGCGUACAAGCUCUCCUGGCUGGUGCCCGAGGAGCAUCCCUUCGAAGACCGCAUGAUCAACGACCUCUCGAAAUCGGGGGAGGAAGAGGAGGAGGAGGAAGAGGAGCAGGACAAGAAGCCAGACCCCCUGCACCAGCUCAUCCUGCACUUCAGCCGGACGGCGCUGACGGAGAAGAGUAAGUUGGAGAAGGAUCAUUUGUACAUGGCGUACGCUGGCAUCAUGGCCAAGAAGCAGAAGCUGCUGUACCAGCAAGCCCGGCUGCACACGCGGGGGGCGGCCGAGAUGGUGCUGCAGAUGAUCAGCGCCUGCAAGGGGGAGCGGGGCGACAUGGUGUCCUCCACCCUCAAGUUGGGCAUCUCCAUCCUCAACGGGGGCAACGCCGAGGUGCAGCAGAAAAUGCUGGACUACCUGAAGGAGAAGCGGGAGGUUGGGUUCUUCCAGAGCGUCCAGGCCCUGAUGCAGACCUGCAGCGUCCUGGACCUCAACGCCUUCGAGCGGCAGAACAAGGCGGAGGGGCUGGGCAUGGUGACGGAGGAGGGGACGAGGGAGAAGGUGAUGUCGGACGACGAGUUCACGCAAGAUCUCUUCCGGCUGCUCCAGCUGCUGUGCGAGGGGCACAACAACGGUGAGGGGACACAGGGGGACACGGGGGGGACAGGAGGUGUGGGGACGCUGAUGGUGCCCAUCUGGUGGCAGGAGUCUAUCAGCGACUUCUACUGGUACUACUCGGGGAAGGACGUGAUCGACGAGCAGGGGAAGCGUAACUUCUCCAAGGCCAUGGCCGUGGCCAAGCAGGUCUUCAACAGCCUGACCGAGUACAUCCAGGGUCCCUGCACGGGAAACCAGCAGAGCCUGGCCCACAGCCGCCUCUGGGACGCUGUCGUCGGCUUCCUCCACGUCUUCGCCCACAUGAUGAAGAAGCUGGCCCAGGACUCCAGCCAGAUUGGGCUGCUGAAGGAGCUGCUGGACCUGCAGAAGGACAUGGUGGUGAUGCUGCUGUCCCUGCUGGAAGGCAACGUGGUGAACGGGACCAUCGCCCGGCAGAUGGUGGACAUGCUGGUGGAGUCCUCCAGCAACGUCACCAUGAUCCUCAAGUUCUUCGACAUGUUCCUGAAGCUGCGGGACAUCGUGGCCUCGGACGCCUUCCGUGACUACGUCUCAGACCCGCGAGGACUCAUCUCCAAGAAGGACUUCCAGAAGGCGAUGGACAGCCAGAAGCAAUAUGAACCCGCUGAGAUCCAGUUCCUCCUCUCCUGCUCCGAGGCGGAUGAGAACGAGAUGAUCGACGUGGAAGCCUUCGCCGGUCGCUUCCAAGAACCUGCUCGCGACAUCGGCUUCAACGUAGCUGUGCUCCUCACCAACCUCUCGGAGCACGUUCCCCACGACCAACGUCUCCGGACCUUCUUGGAGCAGGCAGCCAGCAUCCUGGAGUAUUUCCGUCCUUUCUUGGGACGGAUUGAGAUCAUGGGAGCGGCUCGACGGAUCGAACGCCUCUACUUCGAGAUCAGCGCCGCCAACAAGGCGCAGUGGGAGAUGCCCCAAGUGAAGGAGUCCAAGCGUCAGUUCAUCUUCGACGUGGUCAACGAGGGGGGGGAGGCCGAGAAGAUGGAGCUCUUCGUCAACUUCUGCGAGGACACCAUCUUCGAGAUGCAGAUCGCUUCCCACCUCUCCGAGGAGGAAUCCUCUCGGGAAGGAGGGGAGGAUGAGGAGCAGGAGGAGGAAGAAGAAACCCCCGACCCCACCGGCCCCCCGCCACCUUCCUUCCUCUACCUCACCUGGUACAUGGCCAUGUCCCUGCUGGGCCACUACAACAACUUCUUCUUCGCCUCCCACCUCCUGGACAUCGCCAUGGGG